UAAACCCUAUUUAGUACAAGGAGGUUGAGCCAGGAUUAUUGCAGACUUCAUUCUGCCAUUGCUUCUUAAUACGGUAAAUUAUUUUGUUGUGUUGAUGAAUGCAAUCUGAGUGACCACAAAGUUCAAUUCUUCUCGAUCUACAGAAAAGUCGAGCAGCGGUAUGGAUGAUUUGCCGACUUUCAAUGCUGAGAAUAUGCAAAACAACAUGAAAGUUAUUCUGUACAGCCGCACAUUCAUGGCAAUCAUUGGUGGUGUCAUUGCCGGCAUUCUGGGACUUAAUAGCUUGACAGGAUUUAUCUUUUAUUUUCUUGUCAUGGCAAUGACUUCAGUAGCACUCACUGCGAAGGCCAACUUUUCAAUCCACUCCUACUUUGACAGUUGGAACAGAAUCUUGCUUGAUGGAUUUUUUGGCGGGCUUAUGUCAUUUGUGCUCUUCUGGACAUUUGCGUAUGACAUCGUGCAUAUAUUCUGAGGGUCUUGUGUGAGAUGAAGACCUUCACUAUCCUUGAUGCUGGAAGCUAGCUCACGUGCACAUCAGAAGAUGCUAGACAUUUUCAAGUUCAAAGUAGAGGAUAUUCAAAGUUUGCACUCACGGUUUUCCUUUCUUUUAAGCUUUGCUUGAAAUUAUUACCGCGGAACAAACCAGUGUUUCAAAUUUUAGAGUUGGGAGUAGUUGAACAUUUUGAUCUUGAGUAUAGUUUUUGUUAGGUUACUUAUAUUUUGAGUUGAAAAGCUUGAGUGAUUGUAUAAGGCUAUAAGCAGUUAGACAUUUGAAAUCACUGUUGAAUGAUAUACACAAGUUGGUAAUCACCGCCUAAUCUAAUUAUUCAGGUUCAAAGUUGUUGCAGUUGAGCCUUUUUGUUGA